AUGGAUGAGCCGGAACUUCGUCGGAGAAAGCAGGAGCCCUCUCUUGAUCAGCCUGCGCCUACUGAUGGCCACGAUACGGAGCCACGCCUGAAACAUGGCAUUCCAAUGCAACUUCUGCGGUCUUUGCUGUUGGCAACGUGGUUUGACUGUUGUUGCGUCGUGAUUGUAGUGACCCAGAUCGUUGGAUCGCCGCUCUAUCUUAUCAAUAAAGACUAUUAUUACGGCUACAUGGCCUUUACCAAGCAAUCGUUCGGCUUGGUGAUCACCGCCCUCACCCAAUGGGGCUGUCCGACUUACGUUCGAGUCAGCGGAGACCAGAGCGUGCGCGGUCAGAUCCAUCUGACCAGAAACGGUCGGUUGAAGACGCAAUUCCCGGAGCGUCUGGUAAUGAUUGCCAACCACCAAGUCUAUACCGACUGGGUUUAUCUGUGGUGGGUGGCUUAUACGAACACGAUGCACGGCCGCAUCUUUAUUAUCCUCAAAGAGUCUUUGAAAUACAUUCCCAUUGUCGGGCAGGGCAUGAUGUUCUACGGAUUUAUUUUCAUGGCGCGCAAAUGGCUCUCCGACAAGCCGAGGCUGCAACAUCGCCUGGAGAAGCUCAAGACCCGGCAUACGGGCUCCCAAUCUGACUCCCCCGAUUAUGACCCUAUGUGGCUCCUGAUCUUCCCCGAAGGGACCAACCUGUCGAUCAACACCAAACGUCGCAGUGAUGCUUACGGCCAGAAGCAAGGACUUUCGCCCUUGAGCCACGUGCUUCUCCCACGGUCGACAGGGCUUUUCUUCUGCCUGCAACAGCUCAGAGGGACGGUUGAUUGGGUAUAUGACUGCACUGUUGCCUACGAGGGACCUCCAAAGGGCAGCUAUCCCGAUAAGUACUUCACGCUACGAUCAACCUAUCUGCAGGGAAGGCCUCCGACCUCUGUCAACAUGCACUGGAGACGGUUUGCCGUGUCCGACAUCCCUCUCGAUGACCAACAAGAAUUCGAUGACUGGCUAAGAGCUCGAUGGACCGAGAAGGAUCAAUUGAUGGACGAAUUCUUCGAAACGGGGCGGUUCCCCUCCGAGCUAGCCGGGACAAUCGACGCCAGCGCGGUAUCUCCGGCGCAACAGACGGCCGCUUCUGCCGGUUACGCGGAGGCGCAUGUGCGCCUCGGCCAUUGGCAUGAAAUCGGGCGGAUAUUUGGGGUGCUGGCCGGCGUUGCACUCCUGUGCAGGCUGCAGUUCUGGGGCUUGGGGUACGGCAGUAAUUGA